AUGGUAGAGGCCGACUCAGCCAGCUCAGCCGAGCUCGAGCAAAUAAAUGGCUCCUCGGGUCAACAAACAGUAGCUCACCUUGCCGAGCUGUGCCUCCACACUUUUCAGCAAGGCCUUAAUCUAUCAAAUUCUCAUCACCCACGCUACCUCGCGUUGAUCGAGGAUCAGUUGGCAAGGUUCUCAAUAUGGACAUCCGGGAAUGGCGUCUUUGCUAAAGCGCGGGCCUCCAUGGACCAUCGCCUCAGAGAGGCACCAGAUGUACAACUGGCUGUUUGCAGUCUAUUGGAGGCCCUGGAGGACAGUCUUCAGGCAUCAGGCUUAUCUAGCUUAGAACUGGCCGGCAAUCUACAUGAGGACUCUAAUGCCUUCGAUGUACAAAACGACGAUUUCAAGUUAGAUGUUCAGACCGUGGCAAAAGAGAUAAGCUUGUUGUAUCGCCUCACGAACACAAUCAGACGGGCCAGUAAAGAGAGGCAAAAUAUCAAAGCAGCAAAGUCAUACCACAUCCGAGAUGAUGAGGGCAACACCAUAGAGCCCCUUCUGCAAGAAUUGUACUCUCACUACAUCCUUGGAAAAUUUCCCAGCAUCGAAAACAAUCUUCGGUCACGUCUUGCAGCUUCGAUGGUAUUACGAAGGAGGAUGGUCUUAUACAGGAGAUCUCGUUAUGGCACCAAUCCCAUCAGAGCCGACAAGAACAUCUCGCAACCAAAGAUUGAUUUUCCGCAAGCCCAUACCCUAUCUACUAAUGCAGAUGAGCCUUCUGAGGAGCUAGCAGAUGGCAUCGAAACUGUAGGCACUACUGCACCUCAAAGCUCCAUACAGUCUCAAGCACCAAGCGCGACUACACUGGCAGUUGAGGACUACAAGAAAACUUCAACACCGUCUGUUAUAUCUGCUACUAAGACGGUUGCGCUGGCGAAUCACGAGGAGCUUGCAUUCCCCCCUAUUCCAAAUGGACGAGUCAAAGAAAGGUACAAGAAACUUAAGCAGUUACGUUGGGAGGAAUUUAAAGAGAAAAUGAUACCGCAGCUUAGGGAACAAGAAUUAAGGCUUGGAAUCGACAAAAGCUUCACAUCUACUAGUCGAGCUGUUCAGCGAACAGUGGUCCUCAAUAAAUUACGCUCCUGCUUAGAUUUCGCCCUAGAAGGCCCGUCGUCGCCUCUUUGGCGGGAGGCGUUAUUCACGCUACCUAUCAUUUUUCUUGAAACGGAUGAACCUCACACAGAUGAAUCGGAAUGGGUAAUGAGUGGCCUGCCUGAUCUGUUCUCCUCGGAGAUAGAAACUAUCAAUAAUCUCCUGCACCGAGAUUGGAUUGAAUGCAACGAGGCGAUAGGAGAGUUGACCUGCCCUUAUUGCCUAUACGCCGUUCCAAGCCUGUCCGUGGCUGACGAUAAGAAAUGGAAAGCUCACGUCACGAAGGAUCUCGACGCCUACGUGUGCCUGUUCGAUGAAUGCGACAAGCCAGACAAACUUUUCUCCCAUAGCAGCGACUGGCUCCGUCAUAUGCGCGAACAUACACUGAGGUGGAGCUGUAACUCCAAGGCUCACCGCCCACUGACCUUUCUUACGGAGGAUCAGUACCUGGAUCAUGUCAGACAAGAUCACCCGCGGUCUUUGACGGAACCACAGCUUCGCGCUCUAGCGCAGCGGAAUUCUCGACCAACUGUUCCCAUGUUUAACGUUUGUCCACUUUGUGGGACUGAUGAGGCUACAGAUACCUUGGAGGAUCACAUUGUAGGCCACUUGAGGUUCCUUGCACUAAAAUCUCUUCCACCACACGAAGAGGAUGGAUCUGGAGGCUCUGGCAGCGAGUCAGGCUCUGCAACUACGUCCAGGCCGGCAAGCAGAAGUACUAUAAAAAAGGAUCCUAAGAGACAUGUCAGUGUCGUGUUUCACGACCGUGGGGACAUCAGUUGGGGCUUAACAGACGCCGAGAAAAUCGCACCAAACGUUUACGAACCAUGGGGAGGGUAUAAAAGCUACAUCGAAUCCCGUCACUCCAGCUCUCUAAAGAUGGGAGCCGACCCGGCCGAGAAAUUUCCUCAUCUCGCUGUUAUGUAUCGCGAGAAAGAUGAGGACCGGUUUCUAUGGCACAACGACCCAUCGAGGUAUUUCGUUGAGAACACGAUAUUUGCGCAAAUCCCUACCAAGGAUCAUAGGCAUUUUGAGUGGGGAUUUGCCACUUGUCGGACUGAUGAACCAACUGAGGCUCUGCAAAACGACCACAUCAUGCGCAGCCUUGUUAAUCACAGCCCGAAGACCCAAUCCACUGAGACUGGAGGACCGUCUGCGCCAGGCGUAGUCAAUGUCGCUCAAGUUUUCUCAGACGCUGAUCGCCUUGAGAACUAUCAGGCCAAAGACACACCCAUCGCUGAGAGAGUGAGCAGGGCAAAGAAGGGAUAUCCAUUUCAUGUGUGUGACCAGUGUAAACCCAGCAAGGUAUAUAACACGCUCCCUUUCCUCUUCACCAUGACUUUUGGAUCUGAUGCUGAUGAUGCUGAAAAUGAAACAGAUUUUUAA